AUGGACAUUCAAGACCUCGAAAUAGCUGGAAUUGUUGCCUUUGACGGCCUGACGAAAAAUGCCCUGCAGCUGCAUCCGGAUAACGAGCACUUUGUCUAUCCCAUGGGCAACAAAGUCACGGUUAAGCACAUAAUCACGGGAAAACAGGCCUUCUUAUCAGGACACACGAACUUGAUAUCAACGAUGUGCAUCUCACCUUGCGGCAAAUAUGUCGCUUCCGGACAAAUCAAUCACAUGGGAUUCAAGGCAAAGGUAAUCAUAUGGGAUUAUCACGAGAGAAAGUUGAAAUCGAGCCACGAGAUCCACAAAGUGAGGAUUGAGAGUAUCUGCUUCUCUUGCGAUAGCAAUUUCCUGAUAAGCCUCGGAGGACGGGACGACGGCAACGUUGUCAUAUGGAACGUCAAAAAGAACGACGCCUUGUGCGGAGCUUUCGCAAGCACGGACAUCGGUGGCAACGCUUACGCCGUUUGCCGUACGAACCUGCGUGACUUGUGUUUCGUGACUGUCGGCGACCAGACCCUCAAAGUGUGGCGCAUCAACGUGGAGACGCGCAAAGUCUACGGCCAGGACGUCAAAGUCGGCAAACUGAAGAGAUGCGUCAAGUGCGUGGUCAUCGACGAGAGGGACGAAAACGCGUACUGCGGCACCUCAUCCGGCGACAUCAUCAAAACCAAAUUAAACUACUAUCACAAUAUGGAGCACAUGGAGCCGGUGCAGCAGCCGGUGAUGAUCGGUUGUUACUCGAAAAUAUCGAAAAACGCGAAAAAACGUAGGCUCGGGAUCGGCGAUCCGUACUCCGGUGGAGUCGACAAUUUGCUCCUCUGGGGGCAGAACAAGCUCGUUGUCGGCACGGGAGACGGGACUCUGGAGCUGGUGACAAUUACGGCACAGGUGGACGCGAAACCCGACAAGAGGAUCAAGUCGCCCAGUACGCCUCAGUUAAAAACGCUGCUCGCCGAAAAUGUUAGGAGCGCGGUGACCUCGAUGAUUUUUUGGAAAAACGAGUUCAUCGUCGUCGGCACGAUUCUCAGCGAAAUUUACCAAAUCAAACUCUCCGACUUUGACAUGCGUCUCCUCGUUACGUGUCACACGGCCACGAUUUACGACGUAGCGUUUCCACACAAUUACUCGGAAAUAUUCGCCACCAGCAGCAAAAAUGACAUCAGACUGUGGAGAUUGGAGACGCAGAGGGAACUUUUGCGAAUCACCGUACCGAAUUUCGUUUGCACGAGCAUUUAUUUCUCCUACGACGGGAGGAUGCUGGUAUCCGCAUGGAAUGACGGGAUCAUUCGCGCGUUUACGCCACAAACUGGCCGGUUGAUCUUUGCGAUUCUCAAUGCGCAUCUUAAAGCCGUUUCGGCUAUAACGCUGACCAAAGAUGGGAAAAAGAUCGUAAGCGGAGGCUGCGACGGACAGGUAAGGAUGUGGGAGAUCCAUCCGGAGGUACAAAAAUUGCUCUGCGUGUUGAAAGUACACAGGGGCUCCGUGACUUCGCUGCACAUCAAUCACGAUGGCACGGAAGCGAUAAGCUCCAGUACGGAUGGAACUUGUAUCAUAUGGGACAUCGAGCGUAUGGUAAGGAAACAAGUGCUGAUGGGAAACACGAUGUACAUGUCGGCCUGCUUCAGCACGAACGGCGUUCAGAUCCUGACUUGCGGUACGGAUCGGAAAAUAGCUUACUGGGAAACGCUAGAUGGCUCGAUGAUCCGUGAGCUCGAGGGUUCGGGAGCGGGUGCUCUCAACUGCAUCGACGUUAGUCCGGAUGGCCAGUACUUUGUCACAGGAGGCAACGACGGUGUCGUCAAGUUUUGGAAUUACAACGCUGGAGAGACCACUCACGUGGGCAUGGGACACGCUGCUAUCAUCACUGCCUGCAAGAUCAGUCCGGACGGCAAGCACAUCGUGACGGCGAGCGGGGAUGGUGCUAUUUUAAUAUGGAAGUGUCCAUUCGAGAUGAAAGUUGAAAAGACGCCGAUGAAACGCUUGGCCGCGAGUAUUAGCUCGAGGUCGACUUGUAGUUUGAGAGAAGAGGAGUUCAAGAAGAGUCUGAGCUUGGACUUGGGCAAUGAGAACGUGACGGACCUUACGCCAAGAUCGGAGGCUGCUGAGAGUGUCAAGGCUGUUUACAAAGGAAACGGCGAAACACCUGUAUGCAAAUGUGAUCCAAUACAGCCGUUGCCAGAGAGUUGUAAAUGCAAAGAGGAAAAUACCAAGUCACCAAUUAUAGAAACCACAAGAUCUUCAAAGUCUUCCUCGUCAAAGAAAUCGAUGAAAAAUGAAACAACGUCCUGUCGUGAGAAAAACUCGAAAUGCGGCAGUGUAGAAAGGAAGUUAUUGGCAUAAUUUUUUCAAACUUUCAG